AUGAAGAAAACGUCAAAUCCAAUACUUGUUAAAGUGGAAGAUAGAGGAAAUUGCACAAAAACCUUCGACGAAUACGACGAAACCGAAGAUCUGAUAAACGUUCACUUGUUAGCGGACCUAAGAAAAGUCAUUCAAAUCAUUUACGAACUCUUCCACCACAACAGACCUAUCGAUGUCGUCAAAUUUCUCGCCAACAAACUCGAGACCAACUUGAUUCAACAGACUUUGAGGGAGAUCGCCAUGGCAAAUUGGGAGGCUAAAGAAAGAAAGAAGGAAGAGGAAGGCGAAGAAAGUGAUGAUGAACAGUACAGUAUAUUUGAGGAGUGGCCUGAACCAGAUCCGAAACUCUUAAUGACUACUUAUCACAACAGAGCUACUCAGAAAAGAGUGAAAGGAAAGACAUUCGCCAACAGCUACGUUCACGAAUCAGUUUAUCAAAGUUUCAAACUCAGUGAGUAUUUAUUUUUGAAAAAACUAUUUCGAAACAAUUACAUCAACAUAUUUUCAUGCUUCGCAGAAUCUCCUAGAUCCCUCAGAAAAGUGCGAAAAUGCAUAAAAAUUCCAAAAAAUUUGGACAACUUGAACGAUGCGAUAUUUGUGGAAUGCAUUCCAGAUUUAGCUUGGUCCGUGAACGGCAAGGGUUCUAUAUACGACCCAUUAGAAACUCCAUUUGAUCAUUUCAAAAAAGCAUAUCCACAUCUUCUGCCAAGAAUCAUUGAACCAAGUUGCAAACAAAAAUUUAAAAAACCAUGCAAGCUUGAACGACCUGUAGUUUCAUCUUUCUGGCAAAAAAAGGAAGCUAAAAUAGAUUCCUCGUCGAAAGUUAAACAAGUACAAGACAAACCAAUUUUCACUAAUGUUUCUGUUAAAACAGAUGCAUCUGAAGAUGCGGUACCAGCUUUACAGAAUUUGGACACGCACUACCUCUCAAUCCUGAUAAAAAUUUUUUCAACAGUCCCAGAGGAACCGAGUGAGAGAACUCUACCUUCGGCACCUCACGUAUGCGUUGGUUCUGUUGACAUGAAGUAUAAUGUAAGCGUUGAUACGCAAACAGAUUACUGCAACGUUUGUGAUAAUUACGAUCUAAUGCAAGAUGUUACGUUUCAAGACCACACGAAUUUAAAAAUGAUCGGCAAAGGUUUGCCUCUGAGUUGCCCUUGUUGGACAAGUGUCAAUAUGCUUUUUAGAAGUCCUGUUGUAUUGGAUUGGUCUUCUUUUCACGAAGAAUUUGUUAAACGUUACCAUUCCAGAGUUCUAGAAAAAAAUUGGCUGAGCGAAGAAGAAUUUUCUUCUUCAACAUUUGCAACUUUCAACCAAAACAAGAAAUUAUUCAAAGACAAAGCCAAAGUUAGAAGUUUCAAAUUUGAAGAUGAGGAACCGUCUAAAUUAGAAGAAGCAAGUCGUCCCAACCCGUUACCUAAAUAUAUUUAUUAUUCAGAAGAAGAAGGCCAGUAUGUGAUUGAUUACAAGAAGAGACCGACCAGUUUGAAAUGGGAGGCGAAGGCAAAGUUUUCAAAACCUGAUAGCCAGGAUAUUCUUUCAAAAUUGGUUAUAUUAAACAUCACAAAACCUGUGGGAGAUAAAAUUUCUUUGCCUAACGAACCUGACGACCCGGAUCCAUUCCCUAAAGAAGCAAUUCCAUUUUUGAAUGAGGUCGAACAAAUCGCUGACUAUCCACAAAUGAGCCAACCUUCCACUUGUCUAAAGUUAGGUCCCCACUUCAAGAUUUGUGAAGAAAGAACUGAAUUCUAA